UCUUGCAUUCAUGAAUCUUCCUCUUCCUCUUCCACUUGAAAAGUCAAGCUUUGCUGUUUGUUUUCUUAUCUUACGCGUCUUUUCUGUGGUUCUCUACCACACAUUACAAAGCUUCUCAUUUUGUUAUCUCUCCCGUUACUUGCUGAAAGCUUCUCAUUUUGUUAUCUCUCCUCUUCUUCAGUUUCUCAUGCUCUCAUCCAUGGCUUCUUCUUCAUCUCUGAUUUGCAAUUGGAGGUAUCAAGUCUUCCCGAGCUUCUGUGGAAGUGACGUGCGCCAAACCUUUCUUAGCCACGUCCUGGAAGAGCUCAGACGCAGGGGAAUCACACCGUUCAUUGAUAACGAGAUCAAGCGAGGCGAAUCUAUCGGUCCGGAGCUUGUACGAGCGAUCAGAGAAUCAAGGGUCGCCAUUGUCGUGCUCUCGAGGAGCUACGCUUCUUCAAGCUGGUGUUUGGAUGAGUUAGUGGAAAUCAUCAAGUGCAGGGAAGAUCGUCAACAGAAAGUGACGCCCGUUUUCUACCAAGUGGAUCCAUCUGAUGUGAGGAAUCAGACCGGAGAUUUCGGAAAAGCCUUCGAGGAAACCUGUAAGAAAAAAACAGAAGAGGUGACGCAGGCAUGGAGGCAAGCUUUGAAGGAAGUCGCGAAUAUAGCUGGUUAUCACUCUAGCAACUGGAGCAAUGAAGCUGAUUUAAUCAACAAUAUUGCCUUAUAUGUUAUGGGUGUGUUGGGUAUGACACCGUCAAAGGAUUUUGAUGACUUUAUUGGCAUAAGAGCUCGUACCACGGAGAUAAUUUCGUCGCUGAUCCUACUACCAGAUGAAGUUAAGAUGUUUGGAAUUUUGGGUCCUACUGGGAUUGGUAAGACGAGCACUGCCAGGAAUUUUUUUGAACAAUUCUCUGCUGGUUUUCAAUUCAGCGCGUUUUUCAAGAAUAUCAGAGAGAGAUGUGCGAGGGCUGGUUACAUUGACGACUAUCAAUCGAAGUUGUGUUUGCAGGAAGAGUUGUUGUCUAAAAUUUUCAAGCAAAGGGACAUUGAGGUGAGUCACUUGGGAGUGGCUCGAGAAAAGCUGGGAGACAAAAAAGUGUUGGUCGUUCUUGAUGAAGUGGAUUCCUUGUGGCAACUGGACGCAAUGGCAAAACAGCCUGGAUGGUUUGGUCGCGGAAGUAUUAUUAUCAUUAUCUCUGAAGAUAGAAGAAUUUUCACGGCACAGGGGAUCAAUCAAAUUUACGAGAUGAAACUUCCAACUUGGGAUGAGGCUCUUCAAAUUUUCUGCCUAUAUGCUUUCGGUCAAAAGUAUCCGAAAGAUGGUUUUGAAGAGCUUGCUUGGGAAGUUUCUGGACUCGCAGGUCAACUACCGCUAGGCCUGAAAGUUAUGGGAUCGUAUCUACGAGGAAUUUUGUCCAGAGACCAGUGGAUAGACGCACUACCAAGGCUCAGGUCUAGCCUUCACAGAGAAAUCGAAUCAACUCUGAGAUUUAGCUACAACGUCUUAAGUGAUGAUAAAGAUAAGGAUCUUUUUCUGUAUAUUGCAUGUUUCUUUGUUGGUUACGAGGUUGAUUGCGUUAAGAGGUGUCUUGCAAAUUGUGGUUUGGAAGUCGACCACGGGCUUCAAAACUUAUUCGAUAAAUCUCUCAUAUACAUCACAGACGACGAAAUCGUAGAGAUGCAUAUUUUACUGCAGCAAAUGGGUAGAGAAAUUGUCAAAAAACAGUCUUUGGACGAGCCUGGAAAGCGACAGUUCUUGAUGGAUGCCGAGGAGAUUCGUGAUGUACUUGAGAAAAAUACUGGUACUGGAACUGUUCUAGGCAUAACACUCCUUGACCAUCGGGAAAUCGAAAUAAGUAAAAGCGCUUUCCAAGGGAUGCAUAAUCUCCGGUUUCUAAAAGUCCACUCUGAUAGAUUACGCAUACCUCCCGAAGGCCUCAACUGUCUUCCCGACAAACUCAGAUUGAUACAUUGGAAGGACUGUAGAAUGAGAUUUUGGCCUUCCAAGUUCUCUGGCGAGUUUCUUGUGGAACUUGUCAUGUGGUAUAGCGAACUUGAGAAACUGUGGGACGGUAUCAAACCUCUCCCAUGCCUCAAGUUGAUGGAUUUGAAGUAUUCUAGGUAUCUGAGAGAGAUUCCAGAUCUCUCAAAAGCAACGAGUCUCGAGAAACUAGAUCUCUAUGCCUGCGAAUGUUUGUUAGAGCUCCCAAGCUCUAUCGGGAAUGCCACGAAUCUCAAAAAAUUGAUUCUUAGCAGUUGUCAUUUGUUGAAGAAACUACCCUCUUCAAUCGGUAGGUUAAUCAAUCUCAAGCGAUUGGACGCCAAAGAUUGCCCCAAUUUGGUAGAGCUUCCUUCUAUUGGCAACCUUCACAAAUUGCAGAAGUUGUAUAUGAGUAAUUGCAAAAAGCUAGAGACGUUUCCUACCAACAUCAACUUGGAAUCUCUCUCUUGCGUUAAUCUCUCGAGAUGUUAUCGAUUGAACACGUUUCCAGAUAUUUCAACAAACAUGAAAGAACUCAAUCUGAGGCAUACUGCGAUAAAGGAAGUGCCAUCAUCAAUCAGCUCUUGGUCGUGUCUACAUAGAUUGGAUAUGUCAUGGUGCAGAAACCUCAGGGAGUUCCCAAGAGUUCCUGACAGCAUUGUAGACUUGAAAUUGAGCAAGACAGGGAUAAGGGAAGUUCCUCCAUGGAUUGAGAAUCUAUUUCGUCUGAAGGAACUAAUUAUGUAUGGAUGCGAGAAGCUGAACACUAUAUCUCCAAACAUUUCUAACUUGGAGAAUCUUCAAUAUCUUAAUCUGAAUAUGUGGUACUAUUCUGAAUAUUCUGAUGACGAGUACGGUUCGGAUUUUAUACUGGAUGAAGAGAGUGGAGAUGGUGACAGUGGCGAUGAUGAAAUGGAUGACGAGAAUGGCCAUGGUGAUUUUGAAGCGGUAAUCGAGUGGGACACUGACGUAAAGCUCCGUUGGAGAUUAAUAUCAGACUUCGAUAUUCACUACAUUUUACCGAUAUGUCUACCCGCAAAGGCGCUUACAUCUCCAAUAUCGCUUCGUCUCGAAAUUAAUGGUUUCAAGACUAUUCCAGAUUGCAUCAGGCGUCUCUCCGGAUUAUGUAAGCUUGACAUCAGUGAAUGUAGACAGCUCGUAGCACUUCCACAGCUUCCAGGUUCCCUUCUAUCUCUAGUUGCAGAAAACUGCGUUUCCUUGAAGAGAAUAGACUCUUCUCUGCAAAACCCAAAUAUCGAGCUAAACGUUGCUAUGUGCACCGACCUGAACCAAGAAGCGACAGAGCUCAUCCAGACAUCAGCUUGCAAAUUUGCGCUCUUACCGGGUGUACAAGUGCCUGCACACUUCACACACCAAGCUACUUCAGAUUCCAUAUGGAUCAAUUUGACUCCAAGGCCUCUUCCUUCAUCCUUCAGAUUCAAAGCUUGCAUCUUGCUGUCACGAGUCAAGAAUAAUUCUUUUGUGGGUUAUGGAGAGGUUGAGAAUUCAACGAUGUGUGUGUCUUGUCGCGUCAGGGGUAAACAAAAUGGCCUCGUUGUCCAUUAUGGAUCAAACGAGCACCAUAUGCCAGUUAUAAAUUCCAGAUGGAUAUUGUUUGCAAAUGAAUAUCCAGAGCAUCUGUAUAUAUUUGAAGAUUCUUUCUGUCUAAACAAGGAUUACCCUGAAGCCGAAGAAGCCACUUUGAGCGAGCUUGUGUUUAAGUUCAUAUCCCAUGAUAAAUGGUGGAAGGUGAAAGGCUGCGGUGUACGACUUUUGGAGGUCCCUCAUUGUAUUCUUGACGGAAAAGAAACUGAAGACGAACAAUGUAAUGGCAUAAACAUGGAGGCCAACACUGAAGCUGAACAAGGAGAAGAAUCUGAAGGUAUGAGGAUGCAGAUACGAGGAGCAUGAAACAAAUGAGGUUAAGCCUUGUGUAGGUAUUGGAAACUGUGAUAUUGUUAGAUUUUCUGAUUCCGUGCAAUGUAAUUCUCCAAGAAGAGAGAAGCUCAAUCUCAACACCCCAGCACAAUUAAUCUGGGGUUUGUUUAUUCGGGGUCCAAAAAAAAUCAUUGGAUUUAAUAAAACGGAGAAGCACUUGCCUGAUCAACGGAUUCUCGAUGCCUGCUCUUAUACCAUAAACAAACUUCCGUUAAAAGGAAGCGAAAACAGAAGAGGUAAAGGUCCAAAACCCACAUCUUCCUCGACCAUUUUAUUUCAGGAACUAUAUUGACACAGCUCCGGAAUGCAUCACACGUCACUGGAAGCUGCCUUUUUCUGAAUUCAUCAGGAUCAGUCUCCAGCAAUAUAGAGAAUAAUUUCAUUUGGUUCGAUGAACUAAGGUCAGAGGAAGAAUGGCAUGAUGAUGAUGAGUGAAAGCGUUUUUUUUUUCUUUCUUUCUUUUUUUUUUCUUCUUUUUGGACCCAUCUUAGUGUUGUGGAAUUGUUCUAGGU